AUCAUUCACCAUUUGUUAUCAGAAGACAUAAACAUAAUCUAAGUUAAGGUAGAAAUGUUCGGUUUGUGUGGUAGAGUAGUGUAGUAGGAGAGUGGUCGAGUCCUGCGCACCCCGUCGUUCACCUCCCCAACCCUUAACUAACGCUCUACGGCUUGGGGUUUGUCGUUUCCGUCGCAAUUCUACAACAGGGAGGUUUAUCGUGUGGUUUUAGUUGGUUUGAGUUGGAUUCUAUCUUUACAAUGUCGCGGGGCAGAGAUCGUGGUCGCCGCCGCACUCGUAGUCGGAGUCGCAGCAGGAGUAGAAGCAGGGGACGCAACAACUCUCCAGGUCGAAGAGGUGUGUCUGAUGUUACAUCUGACCCAAAGACUGUUAAUGCGAGAAUCUUUGUCGGAAGUAUCAAUGUUUCCAUGACUCGAGAGAUGCUAGAAGAAUAUUUCUCCAAGUACGGCAAAGUUGUUGGAGUGUCAAUCACAAGAAACAAAUUUGGGUUUGUGCAGUUUGCAGAUGAGGAUGAAGCUACAGCCUGCCUUUCUACUGGUAGCACUGCUUAUAUAAAAGGACAUAGAGUAGAUGUAAAACCAGCCAAAUUUGGAGGUGGAAUGGGCAUGGGUCCACCUCCUGGUGCAAGGCGGCGUCUUGGCAACAGCAGAGAAAAGUCUCCCCUACAAGGUAGGGGAGAAGAGGACUAUUACACCGAGUAUUAUGGACGUGGGACUCGAAGUGGCAGUCGUGAGCGUGACCGUGACUCUCGAGGUCAAGCUGAUUACGAGGACAUGUUUGAUGAUUACUACCGAGGAUAUUACCAGCGAUACGAAGACACCUACCAACAACACCCCGAGGCUCCAGAGGUAGACGGUCGACCUCCACCGGCACCAGUACCUGCUUACCCAAGUUACUCGGAACCAAUUGAUCCACUUGAUCCUAACAGGCCCAAUGAUGUGGAAAUUGUUGUCCCAAACAAAAUGCAGAGGGAUUAUGCAGAGAACAUUGAAGCACAGUUAAAGUCGUUGAAUAUGAUUGUCGACCUCUUGUUUCCACCGCCGGACAUCCCACCGUCACAAGUGUUAACAGACCUCAGCCAGCGACGGUGUCUGUACGCCAUCUUUGUGACGGGAGAUAAUGAGAACCAUCGGUCCCUGACACUAAACAUCCUUCAUAGCACCCCACAAGAACACCGCAACAUGCCGGUUGAUGAUGCUUUGCGUUUAAUUGAACAAAAUUUUGGAGAGUAUGUGAAGAAAGCCCGUCAACGGAAUAUUCGUGAAGUCGUGCCCCGAGAUAUUCGCAAUUUGCUCCAUGAUUUACUUGAGAUGCGUCCCCUCUCCAUGGGUGACUUGGACAAGUUGAUCAAGUACCUGAAGGAGCGUCAAAGUGUGCUGGUGGAUGAUCAAAUUGAGCAGAAGCGCGAGACUGCAGCAGGAGCCAGUGCAAGUCGACCCAUGGCAGUAACAUACCCUGGGUAUAAUUAUGGUUCCAACACUGUGGUGGGGUCAGACACACCCGUAAGUCAGAGUUCUUCAGCAGCAGGCACAGCCAGUGCUGCUGCUGCUGCUGCUGCCGCUGCUGCUGCUGCUGCUGUUGCUGCUGCUACUACUCCUGGUAGUGUCAAUGUAGUUCCCUCAACAGCAGCAGCUGCUAUUUCAGGUAGUGCCUAUCCAGGUUAUGGUGGCUUGGCAGGUGUACAUAGUGGGGCAUAUAGUGCAUAUGGCAUGACCACAAAUGUGCCAGUCACCCCUGUAGCUGCUCCCAUGAUGACACAUGGAGCUGUAGGGAGUACAGGAAACAAGCAGUCUGAGUUACAGGAAAGGAUCCUUAAUUUGAUGAAGGGUCCUUCUGCCGGUGGUGUACCAACUGGUGUACCAGCCCCUACAGGUGUACCCGCACCCACAGGUGUGCCACCACCCUCAGGGGUGCCUCACCCAAGCAUGGUGCCACCUACUUGGCCCACUGGCUUAUCCAGUCGUUCGAGCAAGACUGUGUCUUCAAAUAUAAAACCCACACAGUCUCAGGGUCAGAAUUCGCUUUUUGCCGCUUACAAUCCAUGGAACCAGUGAGGUUUUUGACAACUGUGUGUAAAUUACGUGUGUUUGCUUGCAAAAUUUUUUGGGGGUUUCCAUUUGUCACUGAAUGUUUGACAAUGGACUGAAACAGUUUUUCCUUCUGGUAUUAGCAGUACAGUAUAUCCCAAAUAAAAUUUCAAAGUAUGAAUGGUGUGUUUUUAGAUAAGAUAUUCUUAAGCAGAGAAACUUGAAAUCAGAAGUUACUUCUGAAAUUCUAAAUAGGAAUAUUUUUUAUUUAAGAGAAACUUUAAAUUUUCAUAUUAUUUUGGUUAAUGCCUGUGCUGUUAUGUAAUUAUGAUAUUCAUGGCAUUAGAUGGACCUGAGUUUUUGCUUAUACAUAUUCAAUUCAGGUAAAGUAAUUAUUGAAUGAGCUUGUUUGUAUUCAUGUGUCAGAAAAAGUAAACACAGUACAGUAUAUUAGAUUAUUGCAAAUGGUAAGGCAUUGUUUAUUACCAAUGAAAAUAAUUGGCAGAAAUAUCCCAAGUAUCUUGAGUUCAUUGUUCAGAUUUUCUAAAUCAUAGCAUUAGACUAUACAAUAUAUGUAUUGUUGCAGCCUUGACUAUAUUAAUAAUAGUUCUUCGGGGGGUUGGUUCACACAGUUUAGUCAUUGUAAGUAAUGUUUUUUCCUCUUUUGGAUGAUUAAUGACUUUAGUCCUCAGAUGUAAUUUUUUUUCAUAUUUUUUUUUUUUAAAUUGGUCAUGAUUUAAAGCUGUGGGGCAUUAUUUCUGUAACAUUGAAUUCAAUUUUGUCAGACGUCAUGGAGGAUAAAAUUUUUGAAGUUGAAUAAUUUUUCAGACGUUCGAUUAUUUGGAUACACUAAAAUGUAUGAAGGAAUUUUUAUAUAUAGAACAGCGUGCAGUAUAGUUUUCAUUUUCUCAUAAUUGGAAAUAAUUCUUAUGUAUGUGAAUGGUACAGAUUAUCUUGUUGUUUAUCAAUGUUGUUAUUAAUAUUUAUUUAUUUCACUUGGAACAUAAGCCAUACAAUUGAUGUGGCAACCAACAAAUUCUUCAUUGGUGAAAGGAUUCAGGUUUUAUGAGCCAGAUUUUCUUUGAAAAGUGGUAAAUAUUUUUGGAAGUAUAUGAUAAAUAAAUACGUUUUCAUAUGAUAUUCGUGGCACAAGACAUUUUUUGAAAUUUUGCCGAUUAUUUUCAUUUCGGCAGUUUAAUUUGGCCAGCUAAUUCAAAAGAUAUUUCGUCCGGUUACAUGGUAUUCUGCGAAUUUCAUGCCGAUUUCCCAGAUAUUCAAGUUCAGCAUGGCGUUAGCUGUGCAGUACUGUACUGUAUUUCAUGGAAUAGUGUCAGUAGUUUCCAUGUUCUGGAAAUAUUGAUACGGCCGUGAACUGUUUUUUUUUAUCACUUUGCAGAGCUUCCCAUGCAUUUAAUUAGAUCCUUUUAUUUGCAGCCGUAAGCAUUGAUCCCGAUUGGGCUCAUUGAAAAAGGUUUCCCUCCAUUUCUGUAUUUUAAACUGUGGAGUUCUCGUUUUACUACAUUUUGACGAUGUUGUAAUUUAGCAACAUUGAUGUAGUUUGUGGUUGAGAAGAAGGGUCCAGGAAGUAGUGGUGGUUGUGACCUGUUUCCUGUGUUAGUUUUUACUGAUUAUUUGUGAACAUUUUGCAGAUAUAUUAUGAAGACCCUCGAUAAUAUCACUGAAUUUCAUAACAUGCGAAUACGUUGUUGACAAUUUCAAGACCUGCGAUAAUUUGCAUUUAACAUUUACUGACAACGUGUUUCCUUUUUCUGGUGCACUCGCUUGCUGUAUUAAGCAUCCCACAAAAUUUAGUGCAUGGGAAAGGCUACAGGUAAUACCUGUGUGUGUGCAGAAAUUUGCUGCUGUUCAUUUUGUGAGCCAGAAUAAGAUAAACCCUCCUUUAUUUCAGGGUUUUAUGGCUUUUUUCAAUCUACUGUACUGUAAUUUAAAUGCAGUAUUCAGAGUGGAUAAACUUAUAAAUAAUUUUUUUUUUUUUUUUUACUGUACCUGUACAUUGAACUGUUACCACGUUAAUUUUGAUACAAUUUCGUGUCUUUGUGCUCUGACGUGUGAGGUAUUUUAAAUUUCUCAAAUUUUUAUUUAUCAGCGCAAAUGAAUUUCAUUGUUUUCGUGUCCUUUCCUUACAGCCAUUUAGCUCUUUGAUUCGGUUAGCUUGUGCUAACUCUGCAAGUUAUUUUCUGUUUCUUCAACAUUUUGGUAUCCUUAAUGGGACAUCUGUAGAAAGUUACACAAGUGUUGAUUAUGUCCUGCCAGAAUGAUGCAGCCAUAUACUAUAAGGCAGUUGCCUAAAUGUAAUGUUUUAUUCUGUAUUGACUAGAAGACUUGGGAAGAAAAUCUCUGCUGCUAGCAAGUCCCUUUGGUAAGAGGUAGGUGGUUGAUAUAUCUGCCUAUUGUCUAGAAUGGUGGGUAGUUGGUGUCACUGGCUGUGUACUUGGGAUGACAGGUUGUGUAGUCACACCAACUGCCCUGAAAUUCUAGCUAGCCUCAAUCCUUCAGUAAUAAAGUUCAUGCUGCAGUGUU